AUGGUCUGUGGUGCCCAACAGAAGGCAGCAGUUACAGGUACGCAAUCUUGGAAGAUGCUUCUUGAGUUGAAGCAUGGCUAUGUUUCUAGGUCUACAACUCAAUCCGUCAUGAUAACUUCACCAGCAGAAUACAUUCCAGCCAAAGCUGACAAUGGAGCAAACUUGUCUGCCGCAGACUUUAUACAGUGGUUGCAAACCCAGGCGGGGAAUCCAGAGGUCAAUCUGCACUAUACCUUCCUAUCCUAUGAGAUGACACCAACAAAUGGAGACCUAGUUCAGGGCACUAUCAGUAAUCCAAAGGGCAGAAGGUCUAAAACAAAUCCACCGCCAAAUACUAAGACUGUGAUGAGAAACCUGACGUAUUCAAACACCAUACAAAGUCCAGUGCCUGGAGACAAACCUGUUGCUACUAGCCAUACCCCAUCUAUUUCAGUGGACCCAAUUACCCAGAGGGAGGACUUGUGCAACCUACCAAUGUUGCAAACUUAA